CAUGAGAGGUUGUUUUGCUUUCGCUGUUUCUCCUUCAUCGCCCUCCAGCUGGAUAGGACUGUCGCGACUCGGUGUUAGAAACUGCUUGAAAACAACGAACCAACUAUCUGCACCAACGCAAAGAAAUCCAGUAGAAUGGCUGUUCCUCCAUCAUAUGGUGACCUUGGUAAAUCUGCAAAGGAUAUCUUCAACAAAGGAUACGGUUUUGGAUUGGUGAAACUUGAUGUCAAGACUAAGUCUUCAAGUGGAGUGGAAUUCAAAACCUCUGGCUCAUCCAACACUGACACCAGCAAAGUCAAUGGCAACCUGGAGACCAAGUACAAAUGGGCUGAAUACGGCCUGACGUUUACAGAGAAGUGGACCACAGACAACACUCUGGGGACUGAGAUCACCGUUGAAGACCAGAUCACCAAAGGGCUGAAACUUACGUUCGACACCCAAUUCUCACCAAAUUCUGGCAAGAAGAGCGGUAAGGUGAAGACUGCGUAUAAGCGUGAAUACGUCAACUUGGGCGUGGAUGUGGACUUUGACUUUGCCGGCCCGGCCAUCCAUGGGGCGGCGGUGGCCGGAUACGAGGGAUGGCUGGCUGGCUACCAGAUGACCUUUGACACGGCGAAGUCCAAAAUGACCCAGAGCAACUUUGCUGUUGGCUACAAAACGGGAGAUUUCCAGCUGCACACCAAUGUUAAUGAUGGCACAGAGUUUGGAGGGUCCAUUUACCAGAAGGUGAAUGACAAGCUGGAGACUGCUGUGAACCUGGCCUGGACAGCAGGCAGCAACAGCACGCGCUUUGGCAUUGCUGCCAAGUAUCAGCUGGACUCCAGUGCCUCCAUAUCUGCUAAAGUUAACAAUGCCAGCUUGGUGGGAGUGGGCUAUACCCAGACGCUGCGGCCAGGUAUGAAACUUGUCCUGUCUGCACUGGUGGAUGGCAAGAGCAUCAACGCCGGUGGCCACAAGCUGGGACUGGGCCUGGAGCUGGAGGCAUAAGUAUCUAGCUAUCCUUUCUAGUGAAGUCUUCCAUGUUUUAAUAUUUGAGGGAAUAUUAGAAGAAUUUGGCCUUAUUUAUUUCCAACCCAACAACCAGUAAGGGAUGUCUCAAAGGAAAGCAGUGAAUGUAAUCUACAACAUCAACAACAUAGCCCUCAGUUCUGUCAGUUAGAUGGAUGGAACCCUGACCUAUCAGCCACUGUCAUUUCCUUUCAGUUGGUUUGUCGUCAGUCAUCCUGUGUGUCCUAUGAACAGUGGCCCAGUACUACUAAGCCUGUGAUGUAUUGGUUUGUAGUCAGUCAUCCUGUCCUUAUGUAUUCCUGUACUGUACCACUAGUGAAAUACAUCCUCCUUCUCAAAGAGCGUGUUUAUUCUGCAUGUUUUACGUAUUGUUUUGGCCCGGACAAUCCAAGGAGGGUUAUAUUAAAAAAAAAGAUGUAUACUUUGAUUUAACUCUAUAUAAUAACAAUGUUAUUAUGUUGUCAUUAUGUGACAAUCCUGAACUGUUGUUUUGCACACUAGCAAAUGAUAUUAUACCUUAAUUUCUAUCCUUUCUAUCCCUGUUUCGUUUGCACAUAGAGGAGCCUUCGGUUAGCAACGCGUUGCCUGUUGUCAGGACGACUCCUACUCAAUGUUCAUCGCGUAUUCUAGAGACCUUAAACCUCUUCUAUUGGGUGUUGAUCUAUUUAGCUAAUAUUCUUGAGGACAUGUUAAUUCAUUACGCUUACUGCUUCGCCACCCACUCUGUAGUCUUUUUGCAGACCCAUAUGAUCUUGACCUGUUUCCUAGCUGAACAUGGUAAUAUAAAUUGCAAGACAUUUUGCCAAAUGGGAUUUUCUGGGUGUCAUUAGAAAGGAAAAGGGGAAAGUAUUAUAACUGAGUGACUCCUUCACCUCCCCUUCCCCCUAGCUGUGUAUAAAUUAUGACUGGGAAACCAAGUCCACUUGUCUGUCUACCUUUACAAUAAAGUCUUUAAACAA